UUUUAACUCGAAGCUGUUAAUGUGUUUCCAGACCGGCUUCAAUAAUUUUACUAUUAAUUGUGCCUAUUGACGGACAGACGUCAAAUAAAAUUUUGUGCCGAACAUAGUUCUGUUAUUCCGACGAUUUGAUAUUCGUGGAUAAAUUUUUAAAUAUUUUGUAUCCGAGGAAGAACCGUUUCUGAAUCAAAGUGCGUCCGUCCAAUAAUGAAUAAUAAAUUUGCACGCGUUUUUAUCAAGAAUAGUAAUAGUAUCGCAGUGCCGUUACCCAUCCCGCGUUCCUGCCGAGCUUCCACCUAUUCGACGACCCUUCCAAAUGUCACCCAGAGGGUACUGAGACAACAGAAAAGCACAUGUGCCGAGAUCAAUUAUUGGAAGAAUUACUCUUAUCACAGUGCCGCACAGGUACGAAAAGCAAGUCGCGGGCAACCAUUGUUUCAACUGAAGAGUAGUGAAAGGGCUGCUUUCUAUGAUCUCGACACUCCGUACAGCCGGACUUACAUGCGGCCCGCCCGAGACCAAGAGACGAAGAGCGCCGAAGAUGUGCUUUUUGAUAUGUUCCGCAAUGAAGAGACGGACUUGCUGCCCAUCGGAAAAUUUCUGGCCGCAUUGCGCACAACCGGGAUAAGGAAAAAUGACCCGCGAAUCGGAGAGAUGAUGGAAAAUCUCGCCGUGGUGCACAGGAAUUCAGGAUUCGAAGGCGGUUCUCCUGAAACGCAGAAAAUGGAUAGGGAAACGUUCAGAAGCGUGGUGGCGCCGAACAUCGUGCUGAUAGCGCGCGCGUUCCGUCACCAAUUCAUAAUUCCGGACUUCCAAGGAUUCGCGAAGGACUUGGAGGAAGUGUACUGGAAGUGCAAGGGCAAUAACGAUGGCAAGGUGGGCAGACCGUCGCGCGUUGUGAACCCGGACGACGAUCCCGCCGGCGAAAAUGUUGCUAGCUACAUUCCACAGCUGGCUCGCAUGAACCCUGAUUUUUGGGGUGUGAGCGUCUGCACCAUUGACGGACAAAGGUUGUCGAUUGGAGAUUGCAAUGUGCCAUUUACUUUACAAUCUUGCAGUAAACCGUUGACAUAUGCCAUAGCAUUGGAAAAGCUAGGCCAGGCGACGGUUCAUCAAUAUGUCGGUCAAGAACCAAGUGGUAGAAACUUUAAUGAACUCGUACUAGAUUAUAAUAAAAGACCGCAUAAUCCUAUGAUAAACGCUGGAGCGAUAUUGGUUUGUUCGUUAUUGAAAACUUUAGUCAAACCUGAGAUGACUCUAGCUGAGAAGUUCGACUAUAUGACCACAUAUUUUAAGAGAUUGGCUGGUGGAGAGAGUCUCGGCUUCAACAACGCGGUGUUCUUGUCGGAACGCGAAGCCGCCGAUAGAAAUUACGCUCUUGGUUUUUACAUGAGGGAACACAAGUGCUACCCGGAUAAAACUAAUUUACGUGAAUGCAUGGACUUUUAUUUUCAAUGUUGCUCCAUGGAGGCAAAUUGCGACAGCAUGGCAGUAGUUGCUGCCACUUUAGCAAAUGGAGGAAUUUGUCCGAUAACUGAUGAAAAAGUCUUAAGACCAGAUGUCGUCCGAGAUGUCUUAUCAUUAAUGCACAGUUGCGGAAUGUAUGACUACUCUGGACAAUUUGCGUUUAAGGUCGGAUUACCAGCAAAAUCCGGUGUCUGUGGGGGCAUGUUGGUAGUCAUACCAAAUGUUAUGGGCAUCUUUACAUGGUCUCCACCCUUGGAUCCACUUGGAAACAGUUGCCGAGGAGUUCAAUUCUGCGAAGAAUUGGUACAAGUUUUCAAUUUUCAUCGGUACGAUAACUUGAAACACGCCAGCAACAAAAAAGAUCCAAGAAGACACAGAUAUGAGACCAAAGGGUUGAGCAUUGUUAAUCUUCUGUUCUCAGCAGCUAGCGGUGAUGUUACAGCCCUACGCAGGCACAAGCUGUCCGGUAUGGACAUCACCCUGUCAGAUUACGACGGUCGUACCGCUUUGCAUUUGGCGGCUGCCGAGGGUCACCUUGACUGCGUGGCGUUCCUUCUGGAGCAAGGACGGGUACCUCAUGAUCCCCACGAUCGCUGGGGCAAUGCUCCUCUUGAUGAGGCCGAGACUUUUGGACAUCAUCACGUGGUGGAAUUCUUGAGAGCUUGGGAUGAACGCGUACGGAGCGGGGAGAUCCCUCGCGGUGGCUCUGAACCUCUAGAGCAACAGCCAGAGAUUCAAGAACAGCCAAAAAAAUCUCCAGAUUACCCACAAGGAGAACAGGAGCAACGUCGCUAUCAAACUUUAGAGCAUGAAGAAACAUCUCCGCUGCCUAAGUAAAUUUUCAACAAGUUAAAAAAUUCAAAGCGUUCCAUACAGACCUGAUCUAAAUGCUGUGAUUAUCCUAAAACGUCAAAUAUAGAUUUUUCCCUUGAAAUAGUUUCGAACAUACACCAUCUCUGUGGUAAAAUUUUGUUUUCUAUAUUAACUUAAUAUUAAUCCAGUGCCUGGAUUAAAAUUCAUACUUAUCGUCAUCUCUUCAGGUAUGCAUCACCAAUUUUUCAUAAAUU